AUGCACUUCCAGCAAGUCUUCUCGGCGAUCCUCCUAUUUUUUGUCGCCCUCAUCGCCGCCCACAAGGGCAUGGUAGAUGACGACAAGCACCGAGAUGUCGGUAUUGCGUUCACUGAGCCUAACUUCCAGGGUGGGCACAAGACCAUUUUCGAGGUCAAGGGCGAAUCUGAGUGCCUACCACUCGGACAGCAAGUGUCCUCCAUCCUCAUCUGCAAGGAAGACGUCAAGUGCACGUUCUACACCGGCACUGAGUGCAACACCGACACCGACAAUUACGGCGUGACCAUCGGCUGCGGUGAUGUCGCCAAUGUCAAGUCGGAGAAGGGCAACUUCUUCGGCUACUACAACUGCGGCGACAUUAAUAGAAGCAACAACGCUAACACGACUCUUCCAACUGUGCCUCACGACCCGAGCAAUGACAAGAGCGUUCGUAUGGGCGUUUAG